AUCUAGGGCUGUAAGCACCAGCUGGAUGUUCUGGGUGAUGUGUUGGGAAGCUCAUCCGUAGCACUGAAGGAACUUGAAGAUCUGAAGUCUUCCUGUUGGUUCUGAACAUUAGAAGUCACCCUUGGGCUCCUACCUGGUUCUUAGCUUUGAAGAGGAUUCCAGUCUGUGACCUGUAGUACUUGAUCUCCUGAAGAAAGUCCAGUCUACUGCACCAUCACCUUCAACAAAGAACAUGGAGAAGUUGGUAUCGGAAGAGCGUGUUUCUGUGUCUAAGGAUAAAAUGCCUACACAUCCUUCCCAGGAGAAGCCAGAUACAAACUCAUGCCCUCAUGCAUCUGGCAAAUAUUUUCUUCCUAGUGGGAUGGACAAUGGGAACUGCAAGGCUAAUGAGAAGGAAAGGGAGUGGAUUCGCCCUGAUACACCUAGCAAAUGCACAUGGAAGCUUGGGAAACCUCUCUCUGCCUCCCCUCAUCGUCAUACCACUCUGCCAGAACCUCUGAAAAUCCUGCCAAGCAUCCUGAAUAAAGUUGGCAAUACACCUUUGGUGCGAAUCAACAAGAUUGGGAAGCAGUAUGGGCUCAAGUGUGAACUCUUGGCAAAAUGUGAGUUCUUCAAUGCUGGGGGCAGUGUGAAGGACCGCAUCAGCCUGAGGAUGGUAGAGGAUGCUGAGAAGGCUGGGAUCUUGAAGCCUGGGGACACGAUCAUAGAGCCAACCUCUGGAAACACAGGAAUUGGACUGGCCUUGGCUGCAGCAGUGAAGGGUUACCGCUGUAUUAUUGUGAUGCCAGAGAAGAUGAGCAUGGAGAAGGUGGAUGUUCUGAGAGCUCUGGGUGCCGAGAUUGUGAGAACCCCAACGACUGCCAGAUUUGAUUCUCCUGAAUCUCAUGUGGGAGUAGCAUGGAGACUGAAAAACGAAAUCCCCAAUUCACACAUACUGGACCAGUACCGUAAUGCCAGCAACCCCCUGACGCACUAUGACACCACAGCUGAAGAGAUCCUGCAGCAAUGUGAAGGAAAAAUAGACAUGUUGGUAGCUACGGCCGGCACAGGAGGUACUAUCACUGGCAUCUCCAGAAAGCUGAAGGAGAAAUGUCCAGAUUGUAAAAUCAUAGGUGUUGAUCCUGAAGGCUCCAUCCUUGCUACACCAGAAUCACUGAACAAGACUGACAAGACAAUGUAUGAAGUGGAAGGAAUUGGAUAUGAUUUUGUCCCCACAGUGUUGGAUAGAUCUACAGUGGACCAGUGGUACAAGAGCAAUGAUGAAGAGUCAUUUGCUAUAGCACGCAUGCUGAUCCGAGAGGAAGGACUGCUGUGUGGUGGCAGCUCAGGCAGUGCCAUGUCUGUAGCUGUGAAGGCAGCCAAAGAGCUGAAGGAAGGUCAGCGCUGUGUUGUUAUCCUCCCUGACUCUAUCAGGAACUACAUGUCCAAGUUCUUGAGUGACAAAUGGAUGAUUCAGAAAGGGUUCAUGAAAGAAGAAGAUGACUUGGUCAAAAAACCUUGGUGGUGGAACAUCAGUGUUCAGGAACUAAGCCUGUCUGCUCCCUUGACUGUGCUUCCAACUGUUACCUGUGCAAAGACUGUUGAAAUUCUCCGGGAGAAGGGAUUCGACCAGGUACCAGUUGUUGAUGAAUCUGGAGUGAUUCUGGGCAUGGUUACCCUGGGUAAUAUGCUUUCUUCACUACUUGCUGGAAAAGUUCAGCCUUCUGAUGAAGUUAGCAAAGUAAUCUACAAGCAAUUUAAACAGAUUAACCUGAAAGACAACCUGGGGAAACUCUCUCAUAUACUGGAAAUAGACCACUUUGCUCUAGUGGUUCAUGAACAAAUUCAAUAUCACAGUGAUGGUUCCUCCAGCAAGCGGCAAAUGGUGUUUGGCAUUGUUACAGCCAUCGACCUGCUGAAUUUUGUCACUGCACGUGAACGGGAAAGAAGGUCCAACUGAAGUCAAGUUGCAAUGUGGAGCCUCUUCAACAACAUUUUGCAAUCUCCAACAAAGAAUCAGGUUUAUUUCUUAGGUAGAAUGAUCUGUCCUUAGGGUGGGUUUUUUUGUUUGGUUUUGUUUUGUUUUUCAAAAUUCUAAAAAUAGCAGUUAGCCAUUCUGGUGUCAGCUGUAUAACCAGUGCAUUUUGCUGUAUUGCACAGCUUCUGGGGACUUGUUUCUUAAUCAGGUUACACAAUACUUCUUAUCAAGACAAUUUAUUUUUUUACCUAUAUAUAUAUUUGUGUAAAAAAUACUGCCUAAAUUAACUAUGUUCAUUACGUGUUAUGUCUGAAGUCUGGCUUCCCAAAACAUUAUUUCAGAUUCAUAAAAUGCAUUGAAAUAAAGAGUUACUGAAUCAGAGGCCCAAGAGAGCUCUGGGAAGUUUUGGGUUAUUUUUUCCUGUGCAAGUGCGUUAAGUUAGGUAAUGCUUGUGUGGAGACAAAAACGGGACUGGGGCAUGGAAAGAAGAAAGGAGGCUUUCUCUUUUGAUGGCAUCCUUGUAAAAGAAGAAGAAAUCUUGAGGACUGGAGUUAAGGCUUGUUUCGACUGGCUGCUCUGAGGAAAAACUGGCUUGAGUGAAAGCCUUCCAGUGAAGUGACAAACAUAAACUAGUAACUUUGUUUUACACAGUGCACUAGCUUUCACCACAAAGACAGACUUUUUUUUGAUUGUACCCUGAUAAGUAAGCACAAGUGAAAAGAUUCUAAAGUAAGAUAAGUUUCUUGCUUGAAAGUCUCAGAAAAUCACACUGUUUCAUCUAGUAUCUUCCCCUUGCCUCCCCACCCUCUUGUUUAUCUUAAAGUGCUUUUUUAAUGCUUGUUUUAGAAUAAACAAAGGUAAUCUGUCAAGAGCUGUAAA